UUUUUUUUCUUUACAUUUUAUUCUACUAUGGGACAAGACUACGAAUACCAACAUAAAUACCCUACUGAACCACAAGAUGGUUCAGAUUCUUAUGACCCUACUUUUACUCAAGAUGAAAUUGAACGCCCUAAUCCCAAUUACCCUCAGCCUCCUUUUGUUUCAGAGAAUCAACCUUCUACACCAGGCAAGUUGACUUGGUUUCGGCUAAAAGGAAAUUAAUGCCUGUUAUUCUAGUACCUUAUGGUGAAAACACGGAGAACGAAGACAGUGAAUUUUAUCUACAUAUUGAUCCUAAAGUGAAAAAACAUGGGACACCUCAUUUCAAAUUGUCGAAUUGUCAAGGAAGAAAAAAGGCCUUGUUGAUUGGCAUCAAUUAUUUCGGUACAGACCAUGAAUUAAAUGGUUGCAUUAAUGAUGUGGCCAAUAUCAAGGAUUUCAUUUCGAGUCUAUAUGGAUUUCAAGAAGAAGACAUGGUGAUCUUGACAGACGAUCAAGAUCCUGACAGUAGAUUUUAUCCUACACGAGCCAAUAUUCUUGCCGCGAUGACAUGGCUUGUAUCAGAUGCUCAGCCAAAUGAUUCAUUCUUUUUUCAUUACAGUGGUCAUGGGGGUCGUGUCAAAGACUUGGAUGGCGAUGAAGAAGACGGUUAUGAUGAAACUAUCUAUCCCGUUGACUUUGAACAGUUUGAAGGUACCUCAGGCCAAAUCAUUGAUGAUUUAAUGCAUGAUAUUAUGGUGCGUCCCUUAUGUGAAGGAUGUCGUUUGACAUGUAUCUUUGACAGUUGUCAUUCAGGCACAGCGUUAGAUUUGCCCUUUGUGUAUUCGACCAAAGGUGUUUUGAAAGAUCAAAACCUGUUCAAGGACGCUGGUCGAGGCUUGUUAUCGGCUGGUUUGAAAUAUGUGUCUGGGGAUCAUGAGAGUGCGUAUGCCUCAUUAGUUGAGUUGGGUCGAGAAUUAAUGAACGCAAGAGACGUUGAAGAAGAACUUCGUCAAAAGAACUUUUCACCUGCGGAUGUAGUGCUGUUUUCAGGAUGUAAAGAUGACCAAACUUCAGCAGAUUCAAAAGAAGCAGGCAAAGCAACGGGCGCCAUGAGCUAUGCAUUUACAAGUACACUUCGAGAAAAUCCAAAUCAGUCGUAUCAGGCACUGUUGAACAGUGUACGUGAUAUUUUGCGAGACAAAUAUGAUCAGCGUCCUCAAUUGAGCGCUUCUCAUCCUAUUGAUGUCGAUCUUCAAUUUGUUUGUUGAAAAAAAAAAAAAAGUUUCUUUAGAAUGUUUGCAAUAAUAACAAUAAAAGGUUAACUUGUCGACA